AUGCCAGCUUCCGAGUUCCUCACUACCCAGACUAUGGGCGGGUACAUUGUGGUUCUUGCCAUUGCCGGCGGUCUGACCUACUACUACAUGGCCGACAAGAACAAAGCACAAGCUGCCAAGGGAGUCAAGCCAUACGUUGAGCCGCGCAAAGAUAACAAUGCAAAGAAGCAGAGACAGGCUGCCUUUGCUUCACACAAGCCGGCCGCGGACGAUAAGGCCUCGUCCAGCGGAGUUGCCACAAGCCAAUACCUGAGCAACGAUCCCGAUGAGAAGAUCGACAACAGCGACUUCGCUAAGCGAAUGGCCACUGUCAAGGAGGGCAAGAAAUUCGACGGCAAGUCUUCCGGAGGAGACAAGAAGAAGGCCAAGUCCGUCAAGCAGUCCCGUGCUGUUGAGAAGGACGAGAAGAAGACCGCCCAGGUCACUGAGGAGAAGCCUUCCCCUCCCGCUCAAGUCCCUGCCGUUGAGGCCGAGGAGGUUGAGGAGUCGUCUCCCUCCGCCUCGCCCGAGGUUGCCCCUAUCGACCCCAGCGGUGUCAACGACAUGCUCGAGCCCGCCGCCGCCGGUCCCUCUGUCCUUCGCCUGACUGGCACUGACAAGGAAAAGCCCAAGGCCAAGACGCAGAAGGCUCCUGAGAAGGCCGAGACCAAGAAGCAGCGCCAGAACCGCCAGAAGGCUGAGGCCAAGAAGGCUGCUCGCGAGGAGGAGGAGAAGGACCGCAGGGUCAAGCUCGAGAAGCAGCUCCGCACUGCCCGCAUCGCCUCUGGCACUCCCGCCAAGGAUGGCUCCCAGUUCGUGGCUGCCAACGGCAACAAGUCCGCUUGGACUGCCGAGAACUCCAAUGGCGCCUCAACCAACGGCAAGUCUGCCGCUGUUCAGCCUCUGGACACCUUCGAGGCCCCGGCCAAGAACGGCACCGCGGCCCCCAGCCAGGCUGCCAACAACUGGAUCUCCUCUCUCCCCUCUGAGGAGGAGCAGAUUGAGCGCCUCAAGGAGGAGGACGAGUGGAACACCGUGCCCACCAAGUCCUCGAAGAAGGCCAAGAAGGACGGCCGGGCUCCCUCUCCCGAGGCCGCCGCCGCCGCCGCUCCGGCCCCUGCCCCCGCUCAGUCUCGCCCCAUCGCCCAGGCCGUCCAGAAGCCGGCCGCGUCCAACGGCAAGGUUGCGAAGCCCGCUCCUUCCUACGGCUCCUUCUCCGCCCUCAGCACCGACGACAAGGAGGAGGAAUGGGACGUAUAA